UACGUGCGGUGCAGCCACUCUUCUCUUCUGUUGUCGUUUAUUCUUCACCUGCACAUGUGUGUUAGCUCCUAUUUUAAAAAGCUUUGACCAGAGGAGUUUACGGGUACAGUGCGGUUUACGGAAAAAACAGACCCAGCCGGAUAUGUCACACGUAGGAACGCUCACUUACGACUUUUGACCAAGCUGCUAGCCACUUUUAGCUUUGUAACGCUAGCUUUUAACCUCAGCAAAUACUUGUUAGUUUGUAGGAAUAAGUGAAGUAGCUCGUGUUGUUGUGUUGUUGUUUGCUAACGGAAACACCCGACUUGGAAACCUGUAACGUUAACUUCUAAACAGAUAAGAUAAGGGAAGAGGUCGGCGGACCUGCUGACCUUCCGUUGACUGCUGCUGGGUGUGUGUCUGUGUGUGUGAAUGGACAGAGUGAACACCCGACCAGAGGACUGACAGCACCCGGUAUGUCUGCUGCGUAACAGCAGCACCGAGCAGGACCCUUCAUUCAACGCUCCCAGCUGGACUUUUUUUUUUAUGGCCGAGUUUAUGGUUGUUUGUUCGGUUAGAAGAAUGACUCGCCGCUCCGUGGUGAACCUGGUGUGCUUUGGGAAUCGAGCUGUCAGCUUGAUGUACGGGACGUCGCCUCGCCACCUCCAUACUACCAUAUGCAACACUUCAUCACAGCCCAAAGCUGGCUUCACACCGGAGAAAGUGGCGGUGGUCACAAAGACUACACGGUAUGAGUUUGAACAGCAGCGGUAUCGCUACUCAGGGCUGUCAGAGGAGGACUUAAAACAGCUGCUUCGUAUGAAAGGCUCUAGUUACAGCGGCCUGCUGGAAAGACACAACAUCCACACCAGCAAUGUGGAGCAUAUUGUGAAGAGCCUGCGGAAAGAAGGCAUUGAGGUGCGAGUGGUGAAAAGAGGAGAGUAUGAUAAAGAAGUGGUGCGAUGGGCAGAUGCCAUCAUCUCUGCUGGAGGUGACGGGACAAUGCUACUUGUUGCCAGUAAGGUUUUAAGCAAGGACAAACCAGUUGUUGGAGUAAACACAGACCCUGAGAGGUCAGAAGGCCAUCUGUGUCUGCCUGUGCGGUACACUCAUGCCUUCCCAGAGGCUCUGGACAAACUCAGACGUGGUGAGUUCAGGUGGCUCUGGCGUCAGAGGAUCCGGCUGCAUCUAGAAGGUACCGGAAUCAACCCGACCCCGGUGGACCUGCACGAACAGCAGCUGAGCCUGGAGCAGCACAACCAAGCCCACCGCAUCACCACCAUGGACAGCCAGCGGAGGACAGGAACACUACAUGAGAGCUUCUCCAAACCUAGCCUGCUCCCCGUCAGAAGCCUGAACGAAAUUUUCAUCGGAGAAUCUCUGUCCUCCAGGGUGAAGUUAAAAUCCUUCAAACUCCAUGUCAAACUCUUGCUCCAUAGGGCUUCCUACUAUGAGAUCUCAGUGGACGACGGCCCGUGGGAAAAGCAGAAGAGUUCAGGACUGAGCAUUUGUACGGGAACAGGAUCCAAAGCCUGGUCUUAUAAUAUCAACAAACUUGCUGAACAAUCUGUGGAGGAGGUUUUAAAAAUUGGAAAGGCCCAAACAGGUCUAGAAAUCCCACUUAAUCCUGAAUUUAUUGAAAAGGUUACUGAACAAUAUAAUGAUUCCCUGGUGUUCAGUCCUGAGGACAGACGCUUGUUGUUCAGCGUCAGGGAGCCCAUUGUCAACAGAGUGUUCUCCAGCGGCCGGCAGAGAGGCUUCGCCAACAAGGUGUGCGUUCGCUCGCGGUGCUGGGACGCCUGCAUGGUGGUCGACGGCGGGACCUCGUUCGAGUUCAACGACGGCGCCAUAGCAACGAUCAGCAUGAGCGACGAAGAUCAGCUCCGCACCGUGGUCCUGGAGAACUGAGACCAGUCCGGUUUUCUGCGGAGCCAGCAGUGUUUCUAAAGGGAAGUUACCAACGUUUAGCCUCCACCGGUGUUGAAGAAUUUUUUUUAUACCUGGCAAAAAAGGUAUCAAUGUUACUAAAGGUUUUUUUUUGUUUUUUUUAAAUAUUGUGGAUUGUGCUUUUCCCCCCAAUUAUUAAUUAUAAUUAUUAUUUUUGUUCUUUUUAAUCUUCCAUCCCACCACCCCAGGACUGGUUCUUAUCAGUUUUAUACACUAUUUAAGUGUCUUUCACUGCAUCCAAUCAACAGUGAGUCUGUCAGCAGACAGGAAUGAUACAUCAGGUAUAAGGGUGGCUUGUUUUCAUGAAAUUGUAAAUAUGUUUCCUUUUCACAUAUGCUUUUGGUCCUGUUUGGUCCCUGCAGUGACUUCCUGUCAUUGUGUCAAUAAAAUAGAUACUUUGCCAUGAUGAUGAAGACGAUGAUGAUGGUGGUGCAUGUUAAGGGAUCAGAGUGAAAUGAACAGAUUUUGAUGUGCUUUCACACCUGUCUGGCUCAUUGGUUCAUGACUUUUAAAGAAUAAGGUUGAGGUUAUGCUUUAUUUUCUUAUUGUCAGCGUUUCAGUCCCUUUCUCAAACACAUGGGUUUAUAAUGAUGCGUACAUUUUUAAAAACUGCUCAAAUAUUUAGUUUCAUUUUUGAAAAAUGCUUGGUCAUUUCCUGAAACAGCUGCUCACUGAUUGUGACAAGUGAAAUGGUAGAAAAUACUACAUUCAGUGGGGACUAUUUUAAGCGGUGGAUGAAUACACAUUUUUUGCUCUGAGUAUUUCCAGCAGCAGGAUGGUGUAUGUAGGACUGAGUCAACAUAAACUACAGUGUGUGUGUCCAUAGUGAUGAAGGAACAUGUCAUCUACUGCAACAGUGUGACUCAUUGAUGAGAUUUAUUAGUUUGUAGACAAUAAUAAUAAUAAGAUGCGUCAGACUUUACACACACACAGUGUUUGUUAACAAAAAUAGAGAAUAUGACCAGUCUUAUCUGUUAAAGUCAGUCACAUGUAUGCAGAGAGUAUAUCAAAGUAAAUCUUUAUAUGGUGAACUGAAGCAUAGCAGCAGUUUGUUACGGUUUGUUUGUGGACUAAAGAUAUUUUUGGAACAUAGCUUAUAUUUUUUCUAGCUUUUUGAGCCAUUUGGGUGCUUAAAAUGAAAAAAGAAGUUGGAGAGGAAAUGAUCAAGUGCAUUAAACGCAGAACACCACCAUGAAAUGAAUGUUUUACUCCGUGUGUUAGGUCCAAAGUUUUUCUUGAAACCUUCACGAAGCGGGCAAAUUAGCUCGGAAAGUGUUACUGAAACAGCACGUGUCCAACGUUACCACAACCAAAUCAGCAGAGUUUAAAGAGUAACUUCACACCUGAAUCCUGCAGCUCCCUCCCAGCAGAUUUAAAAGAUGCGGCACAUAGAGGGCCUCAUAGCUACACAGUGUGUAGCACUGACUGACCAGCCCUCACUGUAGCAUGAAUAGAUAUAGAGCUACGAGUCAGAGCUAACCAUCCAUUAGCAGCUGCUUUCAGACUCUCCGUGUCCACACUGGAAACACACAGAGUCUGCUGGAGCUUUGACACUCACUAGAAACACAUUCAUGGCCCUUUUGUACAAGUUUGUGUGUGCUACCUGUGUUGUAGCUGAGCUAGCGACUCAGCACCCAGAGGCUCUUUGCUGUGUGUCUGUGGGGGAGUGUCAGCAUGUAGCCGUAGCUCAGUGGCAAUGGAACCACACUCCUAUCAGUAGAUAUCAAGAGUAGCAUUAUCCCUUGACAAAAUUGCAUUCUCACUACUCAGAAUGUUAAUUUAAAAAAACCCACAAUAACAUUUUUGAUAGUAGAAACUGUAUUUCAGUUUCAGUUUUGAUUGGAUAUGUCGCUAAAAAAAUGAGGUAUAAUUUCAUUUAAAUGAGACCAGUUGACCAAAAUUUCCAAAAAUAAUAUAUUUAGACAACAAGAGGGAUAUGAUAUCUUCAAAUCUUUAAAGUGUAAGAGUUUCAUCAUUUAACAGCUAGACUGGUUAUGUACUGCAGAUAUAUCAUUCAAUUCUUCCUAGCCUAGUGUUUUCAGAUUUAAAAAUAUAUAAACAUCAUUUAUUUUUGACUGGUGUUGUUAAGUUGUAGAAAUACAGAAAUACCGUUUCUAUCAUUAAGCAUGUUACUGUGGAUUUCUUUAAAGGUGCAUUGUGUAGAAUUUAGUGGCAUCUUGUGGUGAGGUAGCUUAUUGCAACCAACCCCCCCCCCCCCCCCCCCCGCCGCCUGCAAAACAAGCAACAAGACCAUUUCUAGACCCAGUGAUUUUGUCCAUUCUGGGCUACUGUAGAAAACAUGACGGUGUAACAUGGUGGCCUCUAUGGAAGAAGACCCGCUCCCUAUGUAGAUAUAAAGGAUUCAUUCUAUGGUAACAAAAACACAACAAUUCUUACUUUCAGGUGAUUAGACACUAAUGAAAAACAUAAUCAUGAAUAUUAUAUUCCAUUUCUGCCAAGUCUGUUCCACAAGAUACCACUAAAUUUUACGCACUGCAACUUUAACUACCAUGUAUAAUACUGUAUAUAAAUCCCAAAUGGUUGACUUGAUAUCCAGCAUUAAUUUGUUUCAUCACACUGCAAUCAUAUAAUUUAGUGUGCAGCAACUCUUUAAACUCUGACAUAAACUGAUACAAAUGAUUUUCAGACUACUUGCCACUACAGCAGUGCUGGUUGGUGGUACUGAAGUGAUAAAGAGGACACAGUGAUAUCAAAUAUUUCAUAAAAAUCCAAGGGUUCCCUUGUAGAACAUUGUUAGUGCACCUUGUUAACGCCUCACUGCCAUGGACUCUGAACCAGGAGGUGUUCUGUUCUUCUUGAAGACGAGUUUACAAAAUGAUCAGGAAAUUGUAAUAUGCAGCGUGCCAAAGGUGGAAAAUAAUGUGUCAAUGUGUUCAGGAUGUGUUUUGUUUUUGAAUCAGAUAAACUGGUAUAAAAAAGAAAAUGUGUGUGUUUAUUUCAGCUCAUCUACAGUAUGCUGAGUAGGCUUAAAAUAGUGUCACAUAUUGGUAAAUGUGCUUAUUCGCUUUCUUUUCAAGUUACAAUAGCUACAGCUAGCUGGUGUGGCUACAUCCAAAAAAUGUAAUAAAAUCCA